AUGAAACCACCUUCAAGCGCCAUCUGUAAUGAGGUAACCCAGCUUACAGAUGUGGAACUCAGCACCUUCAACGCCUGUAUUGGUGACAUGGCCCCUCUCGGGUACACAGACAACUCCAUGGCUGCUCUUGAGAGGGUCUGUGGUGAAUAUGUCUUUCAACAACAACAGUCGGCACAGCCUCUAGAGCCCCAGCAGGUUGAGGUGCAUCUGGAAACGUUUCAUCAAGUGCCGCAGCAGGAGGCCCGGGUCCUACAUCCCCAACAACCAGCAUCUCAAGUGCCUGAAACUCCACAGCAGACCGUUGAUAUACAAGGGUUCAACGUGUGCAAACCCAAGCCAGUGACAUCUUUACAGUCGCAAAGGACAUUGUUCCCCACACCACCACAAUCCGAAGCAGCUGUCACCUAUGAAGAAUCCGUGCCUGGUCCCAGCCGAUAUAACCUGUACAGCGACGGGGCUACCGUGUCGUCCAUUGCGAUGAUAAUCCCUGGCCGCUCUAAGCACCACAGCCAACACCCGUGCCAAUUUCCUGCUCUGGAGAAUGUAGGAGACUGGGAUCUGGAACUCAACAUAGAUGAUAAGUUCAAGACUGACAAGGAGGUCAACGUCCAUGUGCAGCUGAUUAUGAAUGAGGAGCAAUCCUCUGGAGUUGACACCCUGCGAAGAGCGUUCAACCAUCUCAUCACAGUGAAUGACACCAUGUCCUUCAGGUACUGGGUAAGCAAAGCAAUGCCAGAAGAGGUGGCCUACAGAUAUGUCUGUAUCCCUCAUGUACCUGGGUUCUGGGAUCACGUUGUGGUGGGAACCCGUCCCCUUCCCAGAACGGAGAAGCUGAUCGGACCUGAUGACUCCUUACCGAGAUUGUUCAAUGUGUCACUUGGGUCCUACAGGUUUCAUUGGUGCUGUUUUGUCUUGAAGAAACAGAUCAUUUUGACUAUGUGGUGCACUUUGUUGCCCAGGAGAGGGCAGUCUAAGGUCGUCACAGUUGUUGACAACAAACUGAGAAACCUCACCUCGAGCAUAGAGUUUAGAAGAAUGGUAUUCUAUCUUUGUAGGUGGUUUACAGCUCAGUACGUGUCACCACAAGACAGGCGGCUUAACCUUGUGUUAGAUUGUAAACCCAGUGAAGGUGCUACUUUGGUCCAUGUCAUAGCUUUGUUGGCCUCCAGGAUUGGGAUGGAAACAGUAACACCUCACCUGGCCCAGCAACGGGCCAAAGAUGAUAGCAAUUACUGUUUCAAUGGCAGGAAUGCCAACAGCAUGUUCACAUGCCCCUCAGAUGGUAAUUCAGGAGGUAAUUACAUCGAUAUUGUUGAGGAGUUUAGCUCCUACCACAACAGUGGCGAUGAUGGUAUUGGUCUCACUCACAUGUCCACAACCACAGAGUGUUACAGCUUCCUUUAAAGUAGAGCAAUGAUGUUUGUAUAUUGUUACCUCAGCCUACAAGAGUCUACAUGUGGGACCGUGUGGUGACAUGAUGCCUAAAGGUUAUUUUAGGUCUUGUUUGACAAUGGGCCCUGACUGAUAAAAAUUAAUAUGGUGAUGUUCUCAAUGUCACAUGUUUACGAUUUUAUACCUUACUUUAAUUGACCAUAUUACACCUGGGUAAUGUGUAUACCCUUUUGUA